AGCGCUCAGACGAGAAGCGGCGCAUGGGACGAACGGAGCGGAACGCCGAGGAGCAAGAGUCCGUCCCUGUGAAUCAGCAACAUCACUGACUGACUGAUGACUACACGUACAAUGUCUCCUGUCCUCACUUUGAUUUAGGCCCAGUUGCUCAUCUGAGCGCAGCAAGGUAGUUUGGAGACAGUUUGAAGAAGAAAACUUUUCUCUCCGCAGAGGGAGGCAGUCUCCCAGAAGCUGCAGGUCGUCAGGAUCCUUCUCCUGCUGCUCCUCACCUGAUGAAUACAGGGAAUUUCGUGUGGAUAAAACCAGAGCUACGUGUCUAAAAUGGAAGGGGGUCAGCAGUGGGGAGUCGUUGGUAAAUCCGGGGAGGAGAGGAGGACUCGCAGCGAGCAGCAACCCUCAAAACAGCCGCUCUCGAGAAAUUGGAGAGAUUUGUCUGGCAUAACGAUUUGCGUCGCAGCGUCUGUCCUGUGCAUUGGAGUUUGCGUUGUGGUUUUCGUGCGGACCUCGGAGUUACAGUCCAGGAUAGUAAGUCUGGAGCAGCAGCAGCGGGACGCGUGGAUGUUGUCACUGGAGCAGGUGGAGCCCGUUAUCCUGGGCCGACUGGACCAGAUCCUGGAGGAGAAGCUUGCAGCGCGACUACCAAAGACACGCGAGGUGAGGGAAGCUCCCCACAGCUGCCUGUGUCCCCCAGGACCACCAGGUCCUCCUGGACGAGCAGGCUUUCCGGGUGACAAAGGAAGUAUGGGAAUUCCUGGGAGAAUGGGAUUAAAAGGACAAGCAGGGGAGAAGGGAGCACCAGGCGAGCCAGGAUUGUCCAUCAUUGGACCUAGAGGGCCUCCUGGACAACCUGGAACAAGAGGAUUUCCAGGCUUUCCCGGCCCAAUUGGGUUGGAUGGCAAGGCUGGACAGAAUGGAGCGAAGGGAGACAUGGGUCAGCGUGGUCCUAAAGGAGUCCCAGGGGAACCUGGACCCAAAGGGGAGAAGGGCGUAUGUGGAGACUACACACACAGGAAGCGGCGUAUUGUACAGCCCUGUGUUGGACAGUUGGCCACACAGGGCGAGCCUGGAGUGCAGGGACCCCCGGGACCUCCAGGGCCGCCCGGACCCCCAGGGAUCGCAGGCCUGAAUGGAGCCAGUGGCCCACCGGGGAAGCCUGGUGAACCAGGAAAACCAGGAAAAGACCCAAGGCUUUUACCAGGACUGAAGGGUGAACCAGGCGUACCGGGACAAAAGGGUGAUCAAGGUGAUGUUGGUCCACCAGGUCCUGAAGGCCAGACGGGAAUAAAGGGAGACCAAGGAAUUAAGGGGGACGAAGGAAAGAGGGGUUUCCCAGGAGAGAAGGCAGAGAAGGGUGAGAAGGGAGAGCCCAGCAUUACAGCCCAGGGAAUUAAAGGAGAACCAGGUUCACCAGGACUGCCAGGCAUGAUUGGCCCCAAGGGUGACAAAGGCGAUCAAGGAGACAAGGGGGAAGCAGGCCCUGAAGGUCCAUCUGGCCCAAGAGGUCCACCAGGCCCAACUGGAGAGCCAGGAAAGGCUGAAAUCCACAACAAUGAAAAUGAUAUUCGCAACAUACCCCUGAUGGGCCCCCCUGGAUUACCUGGACCUCCUGGGUCCCCUGGUCUCCCUGGUGCCAAGGGUGAAGUGGGUCUACCAGGUGCUCCAGGACUGGAUGGAGAGAAGGGACCCAGAGGGAAGCCUGGGGAGCCUGGUCCUGCAGGCCCAGCCGGUCCUGAAGGCCCCAGGGGAGAGGGUGGUGUUAUGGGCUUCCCUGGACCCAAGGGAGACAAGGGAGACAUGGGUCCAUCAGGAUCACCUGGUUUAGAUGGCCCUACGGGUGAAAAGGGGGCUACAGGGGCCCCUGGCCCUAUUGGAUUACCUGGUACAAUGGGUCAUAAAGGGGAACCUGGAGAGGGAGGAAGGUCAGAAAUGAUCUAUGGUCCUCCAGGGCCCCAAGGACCUCCAGGACCAGUUGGCCCAGCAGGAUCCCAGGGACCUUCAGGGCCUAAGGGAGAACCAGGCAUCGGCAUCAGAGGAGAAAAGGGAGCGACUGGUCAGAAGGGUGACAAAGGAGACAGAGGCCAUCUUGGACUCCCUGGGGCUCAUGGGUUAGACGGCAGACCGGGUCCAGUGGGUCUGAUAGGACCAGCAGGUGUUCCAGGGCCAGCAGGACCAAAGGGAGAGAGAGGUGAAAAGGGAGAUACAGGAUUACCAGGACCAAUUGGGCCUCAAGGCAUCCCUGGUUUAGUAGGACCACAAGGAUUCAAAGGGAACCGGGGAGAGAGGGGCAAGAAAGGCAACAGGGGGGCCAAAGGGGAUAAGGGAGACCAAGGAGCACCUGGAUUAGAUGCCCCCUGUCCGUUGGGAGACGACGGCUUACCUGUACCAGGAUGCUGGAAUAAAUGACGAUAACUUUGGAAUGGCUUGUGUGAUUGUACAUAGGAUAUUUAUUUUUUUACUUUUCCCUAUUCUGUUAAACGUGUAAAAACAAUUGAAAAAAAUCCUUAAAAAAAAGAUAUGGCAAAAUGUUUGUACAGAUUGUUUAUUUUAAUACGUAUGAUAGUGUUUAUGUAUUGGAUUUUUAUAUCUUUGCAUUAUUUUAAUAUGAUCGGAUAAAUAAAAAUUAUAAUGUGGCUACAUAUGCAUGAUAUUUGUGCAUAAUGUGAAGUGGAUAAUGCUUAUUAACUUAUUGUAUUAUGUUGUUUUGUUCUGUUGUAAUAGACCAUGCUGCACUGAGUUGUGGGGCUGGAAAGAUUAUGUGUUUCGCAUUUUGGAAAGUCUUAGUUGAACUCUCCUCUUUGUGUUAAAGUGUUAGAAAACAAACCUGGACACUAAAUGUUCACACAGUAACAGAAAGCUGUUUAAAAUCUGCACUUUGAAUAUUUGGUCAUGUGCUCAUAUUGUACUGAUGAACACGCAGACCUAAAAGAUCAGAUUUAGGGCUGUCACCACAGUCAGAAUAGAUGCCAUAUAUCUUUAAAUCCAGUAGAUGGUUGACUCCAUAUCACAGUCCACAUUCACCGGUCGCACUAAUCCUCUGGGAAGGCCUGCAUUGUUGUUGUCCAACUUCAUGUAGAAAGCUGUUCUUGGAGUACUGGUUCCAUGGACAAGAACCAAGUGCCCUUCUAGUUUACUACUUUAACUGCAAUUAUUACAUUAUAAUUUUCCAUAAAUCCCCAGAAGAUGAUUCUUAAGGUGAUUCUAAUUCUAGUAACCUCUGAAUUUGUUGUAUAAAAUUUCUUUGAAAAAUCUCCCCUUGAGUUGACUUCAAAAACAACGGCCACAUUGUCAGGAAAUCAAACGUCUGAUAAACGUAGUGCCCUGAGGCUUAUCCCUAUCUACGAUAAGUUCUAACCUUCAGUUUGUACACAAAUAUACUAAAAAUGCUGCACAAAAUCUGUGAUGAGUAGAUUGGCUUGAAAUGUGGCAUGCAUGUCCCAGAGGGGCAUGACAUUUUGCAUUCUCCAUAUAUGGAGUGCCAUCCUCUGGACAAAUGUAAAAUCUAAAUGCAUCUUAAAAAAAUCCACAUGUUGAUUGAUCCAUAUUACUAAAGUUGGGUGUAAUGACCGUUGUUGUCACAUGGGUCCGCUAGUCAUGCAGGAUUUUUUUAGCGGUGGUGCUGAUAGCAAUGAUUGUGGACUGAAACUUCCAACAGCUGUUGCAGCACAUCCAAAACACAACCAUGUCAAGUGGUGUGUUAAUCAAUCAUUAAGGGACAGCCUUUAUGUCAGUCUCUGAGGUCUGUUUUUUCAUCCUUUGGGAGGAAUGAAGUAUUCCAGACAAUCACAGGUUGCUUAACAUCUCCAAACCCAACACUUGUGUCAUGGAGGAGGGUGUCAACCAAGAUCUCGUAACCAUUUGAAGCUUUAAGGUUCAGGCAUGAAAGGUCCUGAAAAGUAAAUGUUUAGAUGUACAGAAGGAAAGCAACAGCUCCAUGUUCUAGCUUCUUGUAUAUUCCUUCUGGUUUCAGUUCAUUGUAAAUAGUUUUACCAAAUUUUACAGGCAGCGACUUCCUGCUUCAUGGCUGUCAGGCUCUGUGUAUUAACUGUAGUAUCUGUAGUUUGUUUGUCUGUCUCUAAUCUAAGGCACAGUAUACAGCCCAUAUUGCUGGAUGGAAAUAUUGCUGCUCACCCUUAAGGCAUGCUGCUGCAAUCGUCACAUUGUCUCAUCCAUUUAUGAAGAAAGCUGUAACCUGUUUGGACGAUGGAGAUGUUUGGGUUUUGUUUUUUUUUUCUUUUUAACCAACAACUAUAGAACAUUUUACCCACAAGCAUCUUCAUGGAGUAGCUGUGCUCAUUAAGCUAACCUCAUUAACUUUACCGAGUGACUCAGUGUUGAGGAAAUGGAUGGACUGGCUGGAGUGGAGCUUGGUCCAUUGUAUGCUGCUGCUCUUUUACAAAGCUUUGUUUGUGUUUUGCUCUGCCUGGAUUCGAUGUUGCCAUGAGAGAUUCUUGUUGGAUCCUUGCCAGCAAUAAAAUAUUGUGUCCUGUUUCUGCACAGUACCUCAUGCUAACUCAUGCCUUAGUCACUAGCUGGCCUUCAUUUUGCUGUCAUAAUACAAAUACUUAUGUCCAGAUAUGCUCUGAAAUUUUCGAAAUGUUGAUUGUGUUCAAAGUGACAAUCAUAAUU